GACACGGCCAGAGCACUGAGCGAUAUCAGGUAUUGAUGUAACUGAAGUGAAUAAGGGAACCUUCUUCCUGAGCACAGACAUUGGAGCCUGUUAUCAGCAUGAACUCAUAUGUGUUAGAAAAACACUUGAAUAGUUCAUAUUCAUCCAUCACUACAGGAAGCAUCAGAAUGAUACCACAGACUCCAAAAGUCUUAGACACUAAUGACUAUUCACAAACAUUGGAGAUAUCACAGCAGAUAUUUAAAGAUGAUGGUGAAUUGGCAGGAACUGAGCAGCAAUCAUUAUAUACAGCAAGUAAUUUAGUCAUAAAACAAGAGGACACCAUUUAUGCCUUGUCUAGUGAAAUGAUUAUCCCAGAGGAUAAACCACAAACAUUUACUGAGUUCUCAAAACAUUUCAAAGAAGGGAAAAGUCUUAAGUCUAACCAAUUGAUUCAUACAAAUAAGAAACCAUUCAAAUGUACAGAAUGUGAGAAAACCUUCACAUGUAAUUUGCAUCUCCUUGAACACCACUCAGUUCAUACAAUUGUGAAACCUCACACGUGUACAGAAUGUGGGAGAUGUUUCACAACUAAAGGAAACCUUAAGUAUCAUGAAAAGUCCCACACAGGGGAGAAACCUUUUACAUGUAAUGAGUGUGGGAGAUGUUUCACAUCCAAGGGAAGUCUCAUAUCUCAUGAAAAGACCCACACAGGGGAGAAACCUUUCACAUGUAACGAGUGUGGAAGAUGUUUCACAUCCAAGGGAAAUCUCAUAUCUCAUGAAAAGACCCACACAGGGGAGAAACCUUUUACAUGUAAUGAGUGUGGAAAAAGUUUUACACAUACGAGUAAUCUGAAAAAUCAUGAAAGAAUUCACACAGGAGAAAAGCCUUUCACAUGCACUGAGUGUGGAAAAUGUUUUACACAAAGGGGUCAUCUAAAAUUUCAUGAAAGGAUUCACACAGGAGAAAAACCUUUCACAUGUACAGAGUGUGGGGAAUAUUUCACACGUAAAGGAAGCCUUAUGUAUCACAAAAAGACCCACACAGGGGAGAACCCCUUCACAUGUAAUGAGUGUGGAAGAUGUUUCACAUCCAAGGGAAAUCUCAUAUAUCAUGAAAAGACCCACACAGGGGAGAAACCUUUUAAAUGUAAUGAGUGUGGGAGAUGUUUCGCAUCCAAGGGAAGUCUCAUAUCUCAUGAAAAGACCCACACAGGGGAGAAACCUUUUACAUGUAAUGAGUGUGGGAAAAGUUUUACACGUACCAGUUAUCUGAAAACUCAUGAAAGAUUUCACACAGGAGAAAAGCCUUUCACAUGUACAGAGUGUGGAAAAUGUUUUACACUAAAGAGUUAUCUGAAAACUCAUGAAAGGAUUCACACUGGAGAAAAACCUUUCACUUGUACAGAGUGUGGAAAAAGUUUUACACAAAUAAGUCAUCUAAAAACUCAUGAAAGGAUUCACACAGGAUAAAAUCUUUCACAUGUUUAGAAAGAGGAAAAAGGUAUCACACGCCAGUCAUGUAUUACAAAACACCAAAUAUUUACUUACAAAAUAAAAUUUAUAUGCACAGUGUGGAAACCUUUUAAAAAGUAUCCUAAACAGGACAAAGAAGGAUGUUAUUGUAAAUAAUACUUUCUAAAUCUUGGUUACAAAAUUUCCAUAUUGGACGUGUUCUCCUGCUGUUCCUCUAUAUAUGUGCACCUCAGUUUCUAUCACAUCAAUGUGAUAGAAUCCAAACACCACACAGGAAUAUACAACUCUGUCCUCAUACUGACCAGUUUAGACAACCAUUCACCACCAAAGCACCCCCAGUGUUGUUUAUUAAUAUGCCAAUGUUAGGAGUUGUACUGAUUUACAUUUAGAGAAUGAAGGAGUCUUUAUAUGAAUAGAGUGUUAGAUAAUUAUAUAAACAAGAACAUCAGUCUCAAAUGAUUGACAUCUGGGAAAUAUAUUUAAUGUGCACAUCAUGUGGAUAAACCUUUUCUUAUAGCAAUAGAUGCUUAGCAUUGUACAUGUUAUAUAGCAGAGGGAUCAUUGAUGGGAAACUGAUUUUAUUUAAUGAGACACAAUGGGCUAGAUUACAAGUGGAGUGCUAAUUUAUCGCGCACCCCCCAAAUGGGCACAUUUUCCCAUUUGUGGGUGCACAAUAAAUAAUCGGCCAUUACAAGUUGCUGAUUAUUGCUACCAUGAGCUUGUAGUAGCAAUUAGUGCAUAGAAAAUUAACCAGAAAUCAGAUCUCUUGUUAAUUUUAUAAAUUUCCACCAAAUGCCCCUAAAUUUAGUUUUUUUUUUUUAUUUUAAAUUGCACUCAGCAGUUUUUGGGGGCUAAAGUCAGCGACUGUGCGGUGUUAGGAAAAAAGGGCACUGAAAAUGUCUUUACACUGUGGUCUAUGGGAACUUUGUGUUCCCUGUAAAUAUAAGUAUAUGCUUAUAUACAUAUAUAUUAUUUGUUAUAUGUAUAUACACAUAUUAAUACACAAACAUAUAUAUAUAUAAGCACGUACAUAUGUAUUUACAUUUGCUGCCGUCGCUCUCAUGCUGUGUCUCACGGCAUGAAAACGAGGCUCCCAUUGGAGCAUAUGGAAGAGCGCUCUCAUUUUGCGCUCCAUUUAUAAUCAGGCGCAAUAUCAGUAACUGGUACAUUUGUGAUCAUAAUCAGUUUAAUUUAAAUGGCUACUAUAACCUACAUGUAUACUGCGUAUGUAAUAUGUGUGUCAUGUGAUCAUAAUCAGUUUAAUUUAAAUGGCUAC